AUGAAUUGAUCCGCGAAACGACAAUUGAGUGUGCAGAGCGAGGACUGCUGCUUCUUCGGGUCAGGGAUGAAAUCCAAAUGACAAUGGCUGCUUAUCAGACGCUGUACGAGAGCAGCAUUGCGUUUGGCAUGCGGAAGGCACUGGGCGCUGAGCAAGGCAAAGCUGACAUGGAGAAAAGAAUUGCAGAGCUGGAAGAGGAAAAGCGGGAAUUGGAGAGACAAGUGAGUGAACAGAAAGCUAAAUGUGAAGCUAUUGAAAACCGUGGAAAUGAAAGGCAUCAGACAGAAGAAAAGAAACACUCUGAAGAGGUUCAGUUCCUGAAGCGACUAAAUCAACAGCUGCAGGCCCAGCUUGAAAGCAUCAUUGCAGAAAAUAUUUCCUGUUGUCCUCCAGGCAAAGAGCUGUCAGAGCAAGGAGGCUGCAAUUAG